AUGACCACAUGGUGUGCUCAUUGUACUCAUACUCUCCGAACAUCUAGAACAAGACUAUUCAGACCUCAAUGUCUCAUUCGAUCGACUUCCACUGUCUCGCUUCCUCUUACAACCCGACCUCCUGCCCAACCUUCCUCCUCUCGCUCAAUCACCCCUAAAAUCCCCUUUACGACAGGUAAUGACAGUGUGACCAGUGCCGAACAACGUGCUUUUUUCGCCACAGAAGAUUUUCCCGGGGAUCCUUCCUUAUCAUGGGAUACUGCUCAGCCUAUCAUUGGUAUCGAGCCUGGUCGAUUGGUCGAAGUUCGUCGUACCGACGUCAGUGGUAUAGGUCUCAUAUUGGGAAAUGUUAUUGUCAGAGGUAGAAGAAGAUUAUUACUUUUAAGAGCUUCUGGAGAAUUAUGGCCUGUCAUUUCUGCAGACGUCCAAUUCGUUUUCCCUCAAUCACUCUUAGAUCCUUCCGUCGCUGAACGAUGUUGGUCUCCCGCUCUGAUUGAAGCAUACGGUCGUGAUGAAGAUAUAUCAACCACAGAAAUCGAGGGAAUGUUAAUCGCACGAAGGGAAGCUGUCAUGGUAAUGCGUCGUAUCAUGCGAGAAACAGAAGAUAUGUUAAAUCAAUUAUCUACAUCAAAACCUGGAAGUGUUGAAAAUGUUUUCAAAACGUUCGCCAAUGAACGAGAACAAACAAGUAUUUCUAUCGUUAGUACAGCUGAAUAUCUUUUGGAUGAAAGAGAAGGUAGUAUACCUCCACAUGGUUUAGCUGCAUAUGCUACUCAAACUAUGCUCAUGCGAAAACCCGAAAUGUUUCUGGCGGAUACCAUGAAUAUGUGGUCUUCUGGAAAAUUCAUCAUGCGUAGUAAAGAAGAAUAUCGACGACUUGUCAGAGUGUCUAAAAUCUCGUUGGCCGAAACGAAAGAAGAUCGUGAAUUACUCGAUGCAUUCGUACAGAAAUGUCAACAAGCAAUCGACUUUUCGAGAUCUAUGUCAAAAGGGAAAACGGGAGAAAUCGAAUUGGUUGAACAUGAUUUACCUCAAUGGUCUGAAAUUGAUAAAGAUAUUAUUUCCGUUCUCUAUCUUCGACUAGCAGAAAGAAGAUCCAUUCAAUAUUCUCCCGCAAGAAUAAUAUCUACUUCGAUCUUACGUGCCAUUGACCGAUAUCCUUCGGAAAUCAUCGAAGAAGGUCUCGUCCUUCGUUUUCUCUGUGAUAUCGGUGUUAGGUCACCUUGGGAUAUCUUGGUCAGUUCUCGAGUUCUACGCGAACAACAACAAGCUUCAAUUAUCUCUUCCACCCAACUACAACCUUCAGGCGAUUUCUUGAAAGGAAACGAGCUCGAUUCUCUCAGAGAAGAUUUUUCCGACCAAACCGUAUACGUGAUCGAUGAAGCUUCAGCGGAGGAAUUAGAUGAUGGAAUUUCUUUGCAAAGAAUACACAAUAGUGAAGAUGUAUGGGUACAUGUACAUAUUGCCGAUCCUACCAAAUAUAUCCAACCUUCGGAUCCCGCUGCGAUCCAUGCGAGUUUUCAGGGGAGUUCACUAUACGACCCAUCACGUUCGAUCCCUCUUUUCCCAUUGGAUAUCAUCAAGAAAGAACUUAGUUUAGGUGCAAAGGUGGAAAGAAAUGAAGGUAGACAAGGAGUUAUGACUUUUUCCGCUAGAAUCACUAAGAAAGGUGAUGUUUUGGAUAUGAAAGUUCGACUAGGAUGGAUAAAAUCACCUAAAGUGAUGACUUAUUCUUCAGUGGAUCAACUUUUAGGUGAUCCUACAAAUCAUGUCAUUCGACCAUUUGAUACUCUCCCUUCAACUUCUACCACUUUUCAAUCACCCGAAGUGACUCAAGAGGAUAUCAACAAUUUAAAACAAUUACGAGAGAUAGCUAUCACACUUCGUCGAGUUCGAUUAUUUAGAUCAGGUUUAGAUUGGUCACAACCAUGGGCCAAUGUGAACAUCCUUUCCUCUCUUCCUCCAACACCUAUCGAUUCAUUUUCAUAUCAAACAAUUCCCUCUCAAUCACGAUUUUACCUCAACUCUCCCCCGUUGGACUAUACCAUCCCUUCUAGAGGAACAUCAUCAUGGGUAGUUGCGGAAUAUAUGGUUUUAGCCGGUCGAUUAGCAGCUAGAUUUUGUUCAUCAAAUGACCUUCCUGUAUUAUAUAGAGGUAUGGCAAUACCAGAUAUCCUCCCGUCUUCUAAUUCUAAUCAAUCUCAAAUGACAUUAGACGAAUUACUCUCACGUAGAGAUCCGGAAAAUUUCUUAUCAACUACAAAAGAUGUUCUCGCAUCUGGUUUAUUCAUGUCUACCGUCACUCUAUCUCCUAUCCCUUUAUCACAUUGGGCAUUAGGGAUAUCAGAAAAAAAAGGUUAUUUGAGAGUUACAAGUCCUUUAAGACGAUUUGAUGAUAUGUUGGUACAUUGGCAAAUCAAAUCGUUCUUAGCUAGAAAGAAAGGUUUAGGAGCGAUUAGAUUGACGGAAAUGGAAAUAAAAACUUUGAUGAUGAGAUCUGAAAUGGGUCAGAGGAGGGUGAAGAAUGCAAGUCAAGAUGCGGAUAUUUGGUGGCAAGUACAAGCUAUUGAGAGAUUUAGAAAUGGAGGAUCUUCCUCACUACGUCUUUCGAAUACGGCUUCGAGUGAGAUAACCAAACUUCACAAAACAAGUUCACAACAUGACCAAAAUGACUUGAGCGUGAUGAGGAAAAGGGAAAAAAUGCCUUGUACGGAAAAGACGAAUAGCUCGAAUGAGGGUGAUGAGAUGGGAAGAAAUGUGAUGAAAGAAAUAGGAAAACAAGAAGAAGUCAUAGAUUUAGGAAAUUUAGAAGGUACGAUAAUGGGACAUAUGUCACUUACACCAGAUGGAAUAUAUACGAUACCUAUUUAUCUUCCAGAAUUAGGUACUACGGGUUUUUUGGACGCUGGACCUAAAGAGAAUAUUGGGAUAGGAGAGACGGUAAAGGUGAGAGUAUCACAUACCAGAUCUUUACCAAGAGCUAUGGUCGUUUGUCGGUUAAUCUAAAAUGUGGGAAAUGGGGAGGUGAUGUCAUCUCCGAACUUGAUCUUCACUGGAGUCAGGAGUCAGGAGUCAGGAAUUGAAUGUGAGAUCUCAUUGAAUCGUCGUGGAGUAAGGAAUCGAAAGUGUAAUCUCAUUGAGUCAUUGUGGAGUGAGGAGUAAGGAAAGGAAGGUGAAAUCUCAUUUAGGUGAUUGUGUGGGAUCGUGGAGUGAUCGUAUGGGAUCGUGGAGUGAGGAAUGGGGAGCGUCUUAUAGUUAGGAAUGUAGAGAAUUGAAGAGAAUAUAAACACUAUUCAUCAUAUCAUUGAAGGUUCAACAUGCAGCAAUUGAGAAG